AUGUGGAAGCUGCAGGCUAAUUUCAUCACUCUACAUUAUGCAUAUAUUCUUUUUCUGGGUCUUCUGGGAUUGGUUGUCCUCUAUCCCUAUGGCAAUCUCCGCGCCAUCGAUGCAUACUUCUUCGGCGUAAGCUCUUCGACCGAGUCAGGGCUCAACACAGUCGAUGUUAAGGACAUGAAGCUUUACCAGCAACUCUUCAUCUACUUUGUCCCAAUCGUCUCGAACCUUGGAUUUAUCAAUAUUCUGGUGGUAGUUGUCCGCUUGCUCUGGUUUGAGAAACGGCUCAAAGAGAUCGCACCUGGUGUCCUUGAUCGAAAAAGCAAUCCAUCGAGCUCCAAUGCUGCACGCUACGACCCUGAAGCGCAUCCUCGGGCGCUGAGUGAGCCUUCUACGUCAGAAAACGGACCAGUUGACUCAACAGAGAAGAAGGAAGUCGAUGAUGGCCAGCGCUUGGUCGGCUCGAGAAUCGGGCAUGUGGUACCAGAGAGGCCAAGAAGCACUGGCAAUGUACGACCUGAAAACAACAGCUCGGAUUCACACGCUGCUGGUAUAUCGCGGAGUAUCUCCUUUGCGGACACUACCAAGGCGCUCUACAUUCCUUCACCGCGAGAACGCGACAGAGGGGUGCCGAUAGCAGAAGUCCAACGAGGACCGGGUGAGGACGUCAUCGAGGAGGACGAUGAGGACGCCGAAACAGAGCGGAGAAACUCUGAAAAUACAGAUGAGCUCUCUGAAAAUGGUAGAAGCGCCACCGGUGGUUUACCAUUCGAGCGGGUAGCAUCUUCUCUGUUCGUGAUUGGGAAACAACCUAGCAGGGCUCGAGAGCCAUCUCUUCGACCGGCCAUAUCUCUCUCCAAAGACGCAAAUCUCCCUGAGCUUUCCAUACAAGCAACACUUGGAAGGAAUUCGCAGUUCCACAAUCUGACUGCUGCAGACCGAGAGCGAUUGGGCGGCAUUGAGUACCGGAGCUUAAGGCUACUCCUAAAAAUCGUAAUAGGUUACUUUGUUGGGCUUCAUGUUUUUGGUGUGGUGUGUCUUGUCCCUUGGAUAUUGCAUUCAAAUCGUAAGUAUAGGGACUACCUCCACGAAUGCGGUCAAAAUGAAGUUUGGUGGGCGAUCUAUUCGGCUCAGACGAUGACCAGCAAUCUGGGACUUACCCUUACUCCGGAUUCCAUGAUAUCAUUCAACGAUGCCGUGUUCCCUAUGCUAGUCAUGAGUUUUCUUGCUUAUGCUGGGAACACUCUGUAUCCUUGCUGCCUCCGUCUUAUUAUCUGGGCUAUGUCCAAGUGUACCCCUGAAAGCUCUUCUCUUAAGGAGCCACUCGAGUUCCUGUUGAAGUACCCUCGUCGGUGCUACUUGCUCCUCUUCCGCAGCAAGCCAACAUGGAUUCUUUUCGGAAUUAUCUUUGUGUUGAAUUUUGUUGAUGUUCUCUUGAUCCUGGUUCUUGAUCUCGACAAUCCUGCGGUCAACGAUCUGGCCCCCGGGCCUCGUGUGGCGGCAGCUAUUUUUCAGUCAGCAUCCUCACGGCACACAGGGACAGCAUCAUUCAAUCUUGCCGACGUAAACCCGGCAGUUCAAUUCAGCUUGCUCGUCAUGAUGUACAUUUCGGUGUUCCCUAUCGCUAUCAGUGUACGAGCUUCCAACAUCUAUGAAGAAAGAUCGAUUGGAGUCUUUUCAUCAGAAACCGAUAUGGACGAAGCUGAUGGCAAGAGAUACGUUCUAAUGCACAUGCGAAACCAACUCAGCUUCGAUUUGUGGUACAUUUUCCUUGGAAUCAUGUGCAUCUGCAUUGCAGAGUCGGGGAAAAUAAUGGACCCCACGAAGCCGGCAUUCUCCGUGUUCGCGAUAUUUUUCGAAGUCGUCUCAGCCUACGGAAACGUCGGCCUAAGUCUAGGAUACCCGACCGCCUCCACCUCAUUCAGUGCUCAGUUCGAUAUCUUCAGCAAGAUAGUCAUCUGUGCCAUGAUGAUUCGUGGACGGCACCGUGGACUGCCAUAUCAGCUCGACCGCGCGAUCCUCAUCCCCAACAACCGACUUGUGGAGGAUGACAAAGUUGAGACUCGACCAAGUAUCUCCCUGCCACGCAUCCGCAGUAUGGAUCCGACGGACAGCAGAUACAUGAAGAUGAAGAAAGCCCAUACCAGAUAG